CGAUCUCGCACACUCUGUCUCUCUCUCUCUCUCUCCCCCACUUGUGGCGAAGCGAAGCGGUAACAGAAGGAAAGCGGCGAAAGAAAUCCCCCAUUUGCGAAAGCCUUCCCGAGCCGGUGGAAGAGCGAAAGACCCUUUCCCUUCUUCUUCUUCUUCUUCUUCUUAUUCUUCAGAUCGUGUCCCAGCCUCUCGCGGUGGCCUCACUCCAAGAGGUUCCCCGGAGAUCCAGGGCUUGCAGAUCGAUCCCUUGCAUGCGCGGCGAUGGCUUCUUUGUACCCGGGUCAUGUCGGCGCCGUCCAGGUGGGUGCUUAUUUCUUGGAGCAGUACUAUCGGAUUCUUCAGCAGCAGCCAGAACUAGUUCAUCAGUUCUACACGGAUGUGAGCUCCAUGGCGCGAUUUGAUGGGACCGCCACUGAAACAGCCACGGGGAUGGUGCAAAUCCAUCGUCUUGUAAUGUGCCUGAAUUUUAAAGGGAUUGAGAUAAAAUCAGCUCACUCUUUGGAAUCUUGGAAUGGAGGAGUUUUGGUGAUGGUUUCCGGUUACGUUCAGCUGAAAGACUAUAGUGUUAGGAGGAAAUUUGUGCAAACCUUUUUUCUUGCUCCUCAGGAGAAAGGGUUUUUUGUUCUCAAUGAUAUUUUUCACUUACUUGAGGAGGAACACGUUCAUCAGCACCCGGCAGCUAUCGUGGGACAUAGCAACUUUGAGACCAACUUAAAUGUGUCGAGUUCUGUACCAGAAACAGUUUCUGACUACAUGCUGGGAGAACAAGUUCAGGCUCAGGACUUGGUGCCUCCAGUACAUGUGGAGGAAAAUGACAUAGUUGAGAAAUAUAGCAUUCCUGAAGCACCACAGCAGCUUCCACAACCAGAUGAAAGAAUAGACGAAUCUCCUGCUGAAGACACUGCUUCAUAUCCAAGUGGAUUGGAUACUACGAGGGAACCACCUCCUGCUACACCAGAAGAACCUGUUGGAGAGCCAACUAGGCAGACUUAUGCAUCCAUUCUUCGUGCUAAAAGCCAAUCUGGACAAUCCAUUCCUCAUCCGACAUCUUUAACAAAGACUACUCAUGUGGCUUCAGAAUGGGCUCAUUCCUCGCAGUCAACCGCUCAACAACCACAGCCUGCCAUGGUUCCUGAAAAGUCCAGCUCAGAGGUAGUUGAGGAGGCUCCGCCAGUUGAAGAUGAAGGUGAAGCAAGAUCUGUUUAUGUGGGAAAUCUACCUUCAUCUAUUUCUGCUUCGGACCUUGAGCAAGUCUUCAAGAACUUUGGUAGACUUAGGUCUGAUGGUGUUUCUAUCAGGAGCCGCAAGGAGUCUGAUGUUUUUUAUGCCUUCAUUGAAUAUGAGGAUGCCACUGGUGUACAGAAUGCACUUAAGGCAUCUCCAAUACAAUUAAAUGGGAGGUUGAUUCAUGUUGAGGGGAGAAGACCUAACAGUGGUGCUUCACGAGGAAAAAGGGGCAGGGGAAGAGGUGGAUACCCAUCUGACGCCUCAAGGGGGCGUUUUACCAGCCGGAACUUUGGUCGGGGUAGCCGCCAGGACAGCUAUGACAGGGACUACAAUAGUCGACCAAGGGGCAAUGGCUACCCCCAGCGAGUUCAAGAAAGGGGUUCUUAGAUGUAUGCAUGCUCCACCUCCAAAGCGCAGGCGCAAGUUAGAUUCCCAUUAUGUGGGAGACAUUAUUUCCUAUUUUUCGAUGUGUUCUCUAUCCAGCAAUUUCCAAAUAGUCUUAUGUUCUCUGUUGGAGUGGCAAUGUGUGGUUUCUAAUUCGUGGGGUGUCAUUUAAUUAGCUUGCAAUGCGUAGAAGCUUCAUCUGUGGUCUUUGGGUGGGUGUGGCCUCCAUUUUUCCUUAAACCCUGGGAGUAUGUAUCUCUUGGAGUUGCAGGAUAGUUUACUAGGAAAUGUUGUUUCUGAAAUGAUGUCUGACUCGAUCUGAUGAAUCCCAGUUUUUCUUUAAAUUUUCUUUUGGAUUA